AUGUCGGUGGUCAAGAACCAUCGCCCGGACCACAUAUACAUCCACUGCGACUGCACUGAACUAUACGGCGAUCACUGGCAUAGAGUGCAGGCUAUUGCCAAUAGGAUGGGCACGAGGCUAACGGUGCGACCCAUAGAGAUGCCGACCCAAGUGUUCGGUAGAAAAUUGAACCCAAAAUGGGUGGUAUGGCACGCGUCCGAUUUGAGUCGACUACAGGCGCUCCGGGAGUUUGGGGGCAUUUAUUUGGAUCGAGAUAGCAAAAAUGGGUUGGGAAGCCCAGUGCUAAUCGAUCAUAAAAACGCCCGAUUUUUGCGAUUGUGUUACGAGACGUUCCGGGACUACGAUCCCACCAAAUAUUAUUACAAUAUCGCCGAACGCCCGGUGCUCGACGUUAUCAACAAACAGCCGCAUAUCAUACACAGACUGGACGGACAGUUUGGGGUCAAACCGUUUGAGGUCUGUCCUAUGCUGUACUCCCCUUAUGACAAGAAUUGGCGGAACAGUAGUGACCCAAAACCCCCGGCCUUUGACGCGUACAACGAGACAACUGUGUGGACAGUGGACACGACAUUCAGUCAUAUGUGUCGAGAUUUACUACAAUUUGAACAAAAUGUGUAA